CCCAUGGAACUACAGAACACCACACGGGUGUCAGAGUUUGUCCUCCUAGGGUUCUCACAGACCCAGGAGCUCCAGAAACUCCUGUUCUUGGUGUUUCUCUUUGUCUAUGUCACCACUGUUGUGGGAAACCUCCUUAUUAUGGUCACAGUGACCUUUGACUCCCAGCUCCACACCCCCAUGUAUUUUCUGCUUCGAAAUCUGGCUGUCAUAGACCUCUGCUAUUCCACAGUCACUUCUCCAAAGAUGCUCGUGGACUUCUUUCAUGAGACCAAGACCAUCUCUUACCAGGGCUGCAUGGCCCAGAUCUUCUUCUUCCAUCUCUUGGGAGGUGGGACAGUCUUCUUUCUCUCGGUGAUGGCUUAUGAUCGCUACAUAGCCAUUUCGCGGCCCCUUCACUAUGUCACCAUCAUGAAUACUCGGUUGUGUGUGGGGCUGGUGGUGGCUGCCUGGGCAGGGGGCUUUGUCCACUCCAUUGUCCAGCUGGCUCUGAUGCUCCCAUUGCCCUUUUGUGGCCCCAAUGUCCUAGAUAACUUCUACUGUGAUGUUCCGCAAGUGCUGAGACUUGCCUGCACUGACACCUCCCUCCUAGAGUUCCUCAUGAUCUCCAACAGUGGGAUGCUGGUUCUUAUCUGGUUCCUCUUCCUUCUGGUCUCUUACACGGUCAUCCUGGUGAUGCUGAGGUCCCACUCAGGACAGGCAAGGAGGAAGGCAGCUUCCACCUGCACCACCCACAUCAUCGUGGUGUCUAUGAUCUUCAUUCCCUGUAUCUACAUCUACUCCCGGCCCUUCACCCCCUUCCCCAUGGACAAGGCUGUGUCCAUCAGCUACACAGUCAUCACCCCCAUGCUCAACCCCAUGAUCUACACCCUGAGGAACCAGGACAUGAAGGCAGCCAUGAAGAAGUUAGGCAAGCGCCUAGUGAUCUGCAACAGGAGCUGA